GGUAUUAGUAGAACGUACCACCCAUAUAGUCCGCCAUAACUAUGUUUCUUUUACUGGUUUUAUGUUAAUUAUUUCAUAGUACAACUAGAGAACUACCCCACCCGCCUUCAUUAGCCCAAGCUACUUAUCGUACAUAUUCAUGCACUAUCUUGACCUGCUUGGUCUCUCCCUUUUCCUUGCAACCAACUAACUUCAUUACUUCCACCCGAGUUUAGCAGACCCUCAGUGGGACCACUAGCUUCCUUUUUUUGCGUCCUUCAAAGUUCGCACUUGCCUCCAUCUAUUAAGAACUAUACUAGAGUUCUCAUUGACCAUGGCUGAUGAACGACUGGAAGCAAACCCCUCUCCUGCCCAAGGAGUUGGCCCAAUUUAUAGACCCGAUGGUGAGAAGCCAACAGCAACAGUGUCGAAAGACAUAGACUAUGAAAAUGUCCAUGUUUUGCCUCAAACGCCCCAGUUGAUCGCUCUUCUCACUAUGAUCAGAGAUAAGAGAACUGGGCGUGCCGAUUUCAUUUUUUAUUCCAACAGAAUCAUCCGUUUGUUGGUGGAAGAGGGUUUAAACCACCUGCCAGUAGUUGAGCAAGCUGUGACAACCCCUGUGGGCCGUACCUAUCUCGGUGUCAAGUUCGAAGGUAAAAUAUGCGGUGUAUCGAUCAUGAGAGCAGGCGAAGCAAUGGAGCAGGGCUUGAGAGAUUGCUGUCGAUCAGUUCGCAUUGGGAAAAUACUUAUACAAAGAGAUGAAGAAACAUGCAAGCCGAAGCUUUUCUACGAGAAGCUCCCUGCUGACAUCUCCAGUCGAUGGGUUUUACUCCUUGAUCCAAUGUUCGCAACUGGGGGUUCGGCGACGCUUGCUGUUGAAAUUCUCAAGGCGAAGGGUGUACCAGAGGACCGUAUUCUGUUCCUCAACCUUAUCGCAAGCCCUUCAGGAGUCGCAGACUUUGCGGAACGCUUCCCUAAGCUCAGGGUCGUGACUGCUUUUAUAGACCAAGGCUUGGAUGAGAAAAAGUACAUUAUCCCAGGACUUGGUGAUUUUGGUGAUCGAUACUAUACGCUGUGACACCCAGUCACCCAAAUGAGCUUCAGUUUAGUACUGCUUAUAAAGUAUUACGGAGGUUUCUUCGAAACUGUUUUGCCGCAUAU